CACGGGGGAUGCCUGAUGCCGGCUGGUUUUCAGGCCAGUUCCCUCUUCCUGCCCGUUCUCGAUAUGCGCGUGUCAGCUUUGUUGUCAGGCCGUCAAGCCGCCUUUGCUUGGAGAGGGAGACGUGUAUUGCGUGGACUCGACCCAGGACCCUCCUUGUCAGUCUCAUUAUCAUCAUCCUCAAUUUCACAGCGGAGCCAGGUUUAUCGCUCCCAAGUACUAUUAUCUUCUCCCUGGGCCACUCAAUUCAGACUCAAGUCCCCCCGUGAGAUCUCAUCCGAAUCCAUCAGGCCAUUGACGCUGCAUUCACGUUUGGUGCCUAGCCGUAACAGUUCCAACGCCUCUCCAUUAUUCAAGAUGGCCGAACCCAAUCCCAAGGAUGGGUACUUCUCCAUGGGGCCCAAUACCUUGAAGGUGCCCAUGGCCUUGUUUGCCCGGAACCGCCAACGUUUGGCCGAGGCUCUCCGAUCCCAUGCCAAGACACCGGACAAUAGUGUGGUCCUUCUGCAAGGCGGCGGGGAUCAGGGCAUCUGUGAGGGCGACUCCUCGGAUGUGGGGCCCAUUUUCAAGCAGGAGGCCUACUUUCAUUGGGCCUUUGGCGUCCUUGAGCCCGAUCAUUUUGGAGCCGUGGAUGUGACUACGGGCAAAGGGGUGCUCUACAUUCCGCGCUUACCCAAGGAAUAUGCCACUUGGAUGGGCAGUAUCAAGAAUUUGGAGGAGACCAAGGAAAGGUAUCGUGUAGAUGAGGUCCGAUACGUGGACGACAUGCCCAAUUCCUUGCGAGAACUCCAAAAAGAACCCACUCUGCUCACUUUGAACGGGGUCAAUUCCGAUUCCAAGAAACAGACCCGACCAGCGGCUUUUGAUGGUAUGUCCGAGUUCAAGAUCGAGCCCAAUCAUCUGCAACCCAUUAUGGCCGAAUGCCGUGUGAUCAAAACGGAAAUGGAAUUACAGGCCUUACGCUACGCUUCCAAGAUUUCCUCGGAGGCCCAUAAAUCUCUGAUGAGACAAAUUAAGCCUGGCAUGAAGGAGUUCCAAUGCGAGUCCCUGUUUCUGCAUCACAUAUAUUUCUACGGUGGGGCUCGACACGUGUGCUACAACUGUAUCGUGGGCUCCGGGCAAAGCGGGUCCGUUCUCCAUUACGGACAUGCUGGGGCUCCCAACGAUCAAAAUGUGGAAGAUGGCCAUAUCGUUCUCUUUGACAUGGGAGCCGAGUAUUAUCGAUUCUGUUCCGAUAUCACUUGCUCCUAUCCUGUGAAUGGCAAAUUCACUGACAAGCAGAAGGUCGUCUACAAUGCCGUGCUUCGAGCCAGUCGAGCCGUUCUCAAUGCCGUCAAACCUGGUGUCAAUUAUAAGGAUAUGCAUCUUCUGGCCAAUCGGGUCAUGUUGGAAAAUCUUCUUGAGGGAGGCAUCAUUCAAGGUGACAUUGAAGACAUGAUGAAAGUGAAUCUAGCGGGUAAAGUGUUCCAACCUCACGGCCUGGGUCACUUCAUGGGAUUAGAUGUUCACGACGUGGGUGGAUAUUUGGAAGGCCAUCCAUCUCGUCCCAAGGGCCCUGGAGUGGGCAAUUUGCGGACAGCCCGUACUCUCAAGGCAAACAUGGUGCUGACCAUCGAACCAGGAUGCUAUUUCAUUGACUACCUUCUGGACGAGGCCUUGGCCAAUCCGGAGCUCAACAAGUUCCUGGUCAAAGAGAAGAUUGCCGAGUAUCGAAAUUUUGGAGGAGUCCGGAUUGAGGAUGAUAUCAUCGUGACUGAAACUGGUGUGGAGCUCAUGUCUGUGGUGCCACGGACCGUGGACGAAAUUGAGGCUUGGAUGCGGGGCGAGGGUGGAGAGCUGGACCUCACCAACAAGAUUUAACUUGACCCAAUUGAUGUGACUCAACUCUGAACCAGAUUGAUUUUUCCAAUCGCAGAGAAGUAAAUUCCUUUUAUAGACGCAUA